AUGUCCGUAAUCUCGGGAUGGUCUUUCCUGGACGAGCCGGGCUUCUUCUCCGCGCAGAAGGAGGACAAGUCCCGCAACAAGGACUUGAAGCAAGGCACCGACUCCGACCAACAGCCCGUCUCCACGCAACUAAACGAUCCGGCGCAGCUCACACCGCUGCAGACGUGUCUGAGGCAUCCUCUACGACUAUCCAGCGACAUGGAGGACGAGUUUUGGGAGGGAUCCAGCAGCAGCUCUUCGAGCUCUAUGUGCAGCUUCGUCGGGAACACGGCGGUCCGCUACACGCCGCAGCCGCCCCCAUCGUGGAUUGGUCUCGGCCAUCCGAACGCGAAGCUCGUGCUCGGACUUCUUGGCGGACGAGCCGAAGACGAAUGGGAGUGA